GAGUCAUUGACACCCAUCAACCACAUCAAUGCCUAUCUUUCUCCAUUAGAAAAACCAACCUAAAGUUAACUCUUUUUGUUGCUUCUCAGUUCUCAGCCCAAUUAGCAACUCUGUCUGACAGAGUUGAACAAUGGUUACCUGUGGAGGCCUCAAACACAUCUUUGAGAAACCAUUCUCAGAAAAUUCAACAAUUCUUGAUUCCCCUUCAUCAUGGAACCAAAUUAAAUCCAUGAAACCCAUUAAAGAUUCCUCCUUUACAGAGAUUUUUGAAGAAUCACAUUUCAAAGAUAACAUCUCUGAAUCUUCUGUCUCUUCUUUUUCGUCUAAUAAUCUCCCUCCAUUGUCCUCAUCAUCAUCAACAUGUUCUUCUUAUAGUAAUUCUUUUUCAUUUUCGCUCGAAACAAUUCACCAAUCUGGUAUUGAAGGAAAAAAUAGAGACCCCAUUUAUCCACAAACCAGCCUGAAAAAACAUUACAAGCAUAGUGAUAGUUUUUCUUCAAGAAAUUCAGAUAGUUUAUCAUUAUGUACAGAAGGCCUUGGAUUUGAAAGCUCUGAUGAUGUUGAAGAUCUUAUGAAUGAUUUGGGUAAUGAAGAAAUAAUUAGAUCAACAAGUAUUAACUAUGAAUAUUCUAAGAUUAGAUCAAGAACAAAUAAAGGAUCAUUAUUGCCUCCUCCAAUUUCUUGCAUUGGAAGAAAUGGAAAGCCUUGGGUUAGUUUUGAAUCAUUUAGAGAAAAUGGUAGGUUUAUUCUCAAGGAGGUUAGAAUUCCUGAGUGGGAAUUCUUGCAUGCAUGCAGAGAAGAUGGUCGUUUGAAGCUACAUAUUGUUCAGUCUGAUGAUGAAUUUCUAGAGGAAGAUGAAGAGUAUGAUGAUGAUGGUUCAGAGGAUGUUGAAGAAGAUGAAUCAAGUGAAGAGGUAACAAACGACGACGACGACGACGACGAUGAAAAGAAAAGAGAAAAUGGAGAAUCUUGCUGAAUAAAAAUCUAGGAAUUCAAGAAUAGAUACUCAUAAAAGCAUAGAGAUGGAGUCAGAAUUUGAAGCGCCUUCAAGAUUCUAGUCCUUCUGAGUUAGAGAGUUCUAAAUUAAUAAUUUAUACAUAUUUCAUAAAAUUUAAAGACAAAUACAAGAUUUAGAUCAAAGUAUUGGAUUUGGUAACAGAAGCUCUAACUCCGCGCUCUGCAUAAAAGGGCGUUUGCUAAUUUUUGUUUAUGUCUUUCAACUUUGAGAAUAAAAAGAGAAACUGGAAAUGUAAUACUGAAUUUUCUAGAUUUAGAUGUUUUAAAGUACCACACCUUGUGGCGUGAUCAUGUUAAGGUAGCAAGAGAGGUCUUGUAAAAAGAGAGUAGCGUUCAUGGGGUAAAAGUACCACACCUGUGGGGUGAUCAUGUUAAGGUACGUAAUAGUAAUUCCUUUACAUUUCCGAGCAUUAAUAAGAAAAGAGGAGUACUCGAUUUCAUGCUCUAC